CGAUGACAUUAAUAAAAACUAAAUUAUUAACGCAUAAUUUCAGCGAGUGAAUAAUAUUAUUCGCCUUGACAGGUUUUAUUGUUAAAAAAUACGAAUUUCCUGCACGGAGAAAAUACAUAUAUGACCGUAGAAUGUCUAAAUGAUAUCUACACAUUACCAGCCAUGUUGCAGCAUUUGAAUUAUUUGAUUUGUUUUGUUUUUGCAACCGGGAUUUUUUAUUGUUAUGCAGCCCGUGAAAAGUUCAUUAACGUGGAUGCCUGCCAAUGCCACGAAUCCACUUGCUCCUGUUGUUUCUCCAAUAAUUUUCCAAGUAUUCCAGCACAAGAUGUAUGUUUGGAAGCUGUGGCCAAUGGAAAUGAACUGAGCAUAGUUACAAAUUUAAAACUUAAUGGAAGUCCACUGUUAACUCAUACAAUAGAUCCAAGCAGUGUCCCUUUUUGCGUUCCACAAAUUCCAGGCUUAUGUUUAGCAAUAAACCAUGUUGAUUUAUUGCAAAGAAAAAUAUGCGUCAAAAUAUCAGAGGCCAUGGUAACCCUGGUAAAAUUCCCAUGUUUUUCACUACAAGAUGGAAAAUUAACCGCUGAACGAAAUAAUUAUCCUUAAAUAAAUAAAUAAAUAAUUUGAAUUGCA